UCUAUGGGUCUCUAUGUGUCUCUAUGGGUCCCUAUGGGUCUCUAUGGGGUCCCUAUAGGUCUCUAUGGGUCCCAAUGCAUUAAAGCCCCUAUUAACCCCCCUUUCCCCCUUUAUAGGUACACGGCCGCCUGUUCCCGGCUCCUGGUUCAAUUUAAGGCCGCGUUGAAACAAGUUCAGGGACCCGAACUGAGCAACAUCGACGAGUUCUGCCGCAAGUUUAGGCUGUUCAUCACCAUUAUGGACAAACUGCGCCUGGAGAUCCGAGCCAUGGAUGAGAUCCAACCCGACCUUCGGGAGCUGCUGGAGACCAUGAACCGGAUGAGCGCCCUGCCCAGCGACUUCGAGGGCCGCCAUCACGUCCUGCACUGGCUGCAGACGUUGAGCUCCAUGUCGGCAUCAGAUGAACUGGACGACAACCAGGUCCGACAGAUGCUGUUCGACCUGGAAUCGGCCUAUAACGCCUUCAACCGCUGCCUGCAUGCGUGACCCCAACCGGACCGGAACCGGAACCAGAACCAGAACCAGAACCUGGAGGGGGAUAUGGGGUCACUAAGGCAUCAAUGGGGCAAUGGGAACUGCAUGGGGUCAAUGGGUGAAUAAAACAUAUUGGAUUAAUGGG